UUGACGGUUUACUGUGGGUAACUUGACACUGGUAAUAAAAACGUCGGUACUCGAAAUGCUCCGCAUGUAUACAAGUUAGACAAUUAACAUUUCUUUGUAAAUAAGGGGUUAUUCAUCGGAAGCAGCCCGGCCACCUGGGUCACCUUUGUGUCAUUCAUCUAUCUUCAAAAAGAGGCUGUCCUGAUGAGAAAACAUGCCUGAAAUAAAAGUAACACCACUGGGUGCUGGACAGGAUGUCGGCCGCAGCUGCAUCCUUGUCUCUAUUGGAGGCAAAAACAUAAUGCUCGACUGUGGGAUGCACAUGGGAUACAAUGAUGAUAGACGUUUCCCAGACUUUACUUAUAUAACCCAGAAUGGGCGUCUGACAGACUUUUUGGACUGCGUGAUCAUCAGCCAUUUCCACUUGGACCACUGUGGCGCUCUGCCCUUCAUGAGUGAGAUGGUGGGCUACGAUGGGCCCAUCUACAUGACCCAUCCCACCAAGGCUAUCUGUCCAAUUUUGCUGGAAGACUUCCGGAAGAUUACCGUCGACAAAAAGGGAGAAACCAACUUCUUCACCUCGCAGAUGAUCAAGGACUGCAUGAAGAAAGUGGUACCUUUGAACCUCCACCAAACUGUCCAGGUGGAUGAUGAGCUGGAGAUCAAGGCGUACUAUGCAGGCCAUGUCCUGGGAGCUGCCAUGGUGCACAUCAAAGUGGGAUCAGAGUCUGUGGUCUACACUGGAGACUAUAACAUGACACCUGACAGGCAUUUAGGUGCUGCAUGGAUCGAUAAGUGCCGUCCAGACAUCCUCAUCUCAGAGUCUACAUAUGCCACCACCAUCCGUGACUCAAAGAGAUGCAGAGAGAGGGACUUUCUGAAGAAAGUGCAUGAAUCCAUAGAAAGAGGAGGAAAGGUUCUCAUUCCAGUUUUUGCCCUUGGAAGAGCACAAGAACUCUGCAUCCUGCUGGAAACAUUUUGGGAGAGAAUGAACCUAAAGGCCCCAAUCUACUUCUCCACUGGGCUGACGGAGAAAGCUAAUCAUUAUUACAAGCUUUUCAUAACAUGGACCAACCAGAAGAUUCGAAAAACCUUUGUACAGAGAAACAUGUUUGAAUUUAAGCACAUCAAGCCCUUCGAUCGCUCCUACGCUGAUAAUCCUGGACCUAUGGUGGUGUUUGCCACACCGGGUAUGCUGCAUGCUGGUCAGUCUUUGCAGAUCUUCAAGAAAUGGGCUGGCAAUGAGAAGAACAUGGUAAUCAUGCCGGGGUAUUGUGUACAAGGAACAAUUGGUCACAAAAUCCUAAAUGGGCAGAAGAAACUGGAGAUGGAAGGGAGAUCAACAUUGGAUGUGAAGCUACAGGUGGAGUACAUGUCCUUCAGUGCCCAUGCAGAUGCCAAGGGCAUCAUGCAGCUCAUUCGUAUGGCAGAGCCUCGGAACAUGCUGCUGGUACACGGGGAGGCGGUGAAAAUGGAGUUCCUCAAGGGCAAGAUUGAGCAGGAGUUCAGUAUAGAUUGUUACAUGCCAGCCAACGGAGAGACAGCGACUGUGACAACAAACCCCAGUGUGCCUGUGGAUAUCUCACUCAACCUGCUCAAGAGGGAGAUGGCUCUCGGAGGGCCUCUUCCUGAUCCCAAAAAACCUCGCACCAUGCAUGGAACCCUGAUCAUGAAAGAAAACAGUCUGAAGCUAGUGUCGUCGGAGCAGGCUCUUAAGGAGCUGGGCCUCAACGAACAUCAGUUACGCUUCACCUGUCGUGUGCAGCUCCAGGACCCGCACAGCGACCCCGACACACUUCACAGAAUCUACACACACCUCAAGAGCGUGUUAAAAGGUUACACCAUCCAGCACCUCCCUGAUGGCACAGUCAUGGUGGAGUCUAUUGUCAUCAAAGUCUCCUCUUCUGCUGAAGACACCAACACCAAAGUCUUACUACUUUCCUGGAGUUAUCAGGACGAAGACCUGGGGAGCUUCCUUUCAACUCUGCUGAAAAAAGGGCUUCCAUCUGGACUGUGCUGAAAUAUCUUUUGUCCCAAAACUAUGAACAUUUGAAGGAAAAUUUACACUAAAAAUAGUUAAUGCGGCGUCACUAUUUUGAACUGGAUUUGUGGAGGCUGAAAACUCCAUCCCAGUGCAGAGAAUAUAAAAACUCUUACCUGUAAACUUCAACAACAUUAAGGCUGAAUUUCCCUUUCACUGUUGGGAUAGUGAUCCUUAAAUGAACCCAUUUUCCUAAAUGUAUCCAGGCUGCUGCCCUGAUUGGCCCAUUCUUUUUUUAGUGAUGUUGCAGACUCUUUCAUGGACUCAUUUAUAGACUGAACUGCGCAAGAUAAAGAAAAAUAAGAUACUCUGAAUUGUCCCUUUAUUUUCAUUUACAAAUCCAAUUUGAAUAAACACUUUUAUAGAAAAGUC